UGCCCCUCCUCUAGUUAGCCUCGCCCCGCCCCCUUUGGGCAUCCAGUAUAUAAGUGGAAGGGGGCUCACCAAACCUUCCCCACACACACUCGGGACUCCAGACCGUUCACACCCACGACUUCAUUCCACUCCUCAUCGCCGAGUCUUGCCCAGCAGCCUAAGACACCAUGGCUCACGUCGCGUUUGAGGGCACUAACAAGACGGUGCUGGACCGUUACAUGCGACUGGGCAUGCCUGAAAACAAAUGCCAGGCGAUGUACGUGUGGGUGGACGGGACCGGCGAAAACCUCCGAUCCAAGACCCGCACACUGCACUUCAUCCCGAAAAGACCUGAAGAUAUGCCGGAGUGGAACUUUGACGGCUCUUCGACAGGCCAGGCUGAAGGGAGUAACAGUGACGUGUACCUCAGACCCGUUGCGUUGUACUGCGACCCCUUCCGCCUCGGCGAUAACAAGCUGGUGCUCUGCGAGACCUACAAACACAACAAGAAGCCAACAGAGACCAAUAAUCGCCACGAAUGUCUCGAGAUCAUGAAACGUGCUGCGGAUUCCCAUCCGUGGUUCGGCAUGGAACAGGAGUACACUCUCAUGGAAACUGAUAAUUACCCUCUGGGCUGGCCGAAGAACGGCUUUCCUAGUCCCCAGGGUCCCUAUUACUGCGGCGUGGGCGCCGGAAAGAUUUAUGGCCGCGACGUUGCCGAAGCCCACUAUCGCGCCUGCCUGUACGCCGGCAUCAACAUCUCUGGCGAGAAUGCGGAAACCAUGCCGUCCCAGUGGGAGUUCCAGGUUGGCCCUUGUGAGGGCAUUACCAUGGGAGACGACUUAUGGAUGGCCAGAUACCUGCUGCACCGCGUCGCUGAGGACUUCGGUAUCGUCGCCACGCUGGACCCAAAGCCCGUUCGUGGUGACUGGAACGGUGCCGGACUCCACACAAACUUUUCGACGAAGGAGAUGAGGGAACCCAACGGUAUUAUCGCGAUUGAAAAAGCUAUCGAGAAGAUGUCGAAGCUCCACGAAGAGCACAUCAAGGACUACGAUCCUCACGGAGGGAAAGACAACGAGAUCCGCCUUACAGGACAGCACCAGACUUCCAACAUCCACGACUUCUCCGCUGGCGUGGCCAACAGGGGCUGUUCCAUCAGGAUCCCCCGCAAUGUGGCUGAAGACAAAGAAGGCUACCUGGAGGACAGACGGCCCUCAUCCAAUGCUGACCCGUACGUAGUGUCUGAGAGGUUGGUCCGGACCAUCUGUUUGAACGAGAGCUAAUAAGCACUGUUGGUUUCGUUCUCAGCUUUCAAGGGGCCUGGCCGUCAUUCCAAGAUGCCUCCCCCACCCCACGCCAUAAGAAACCACCAUCACCACAGCAGCGUCCCCUGCCUAAGUGGCGUAGCCCUAGGGUGCCUCUGGGGACCUGCGUUGUCUUGAGGCUAACAUGUAUCCUUUAAACUGUCCAUGAAUCUCCCCCUCGAUUUCCACAGGUCUUAUUCCUUCGUCCUCACGUCCUUGUGUACUUUUUAUAAUACAUUCAACCUUCCCCUUCAGGUUGGAAACUAUGUGUAAUUUGUAAAAACAAUAUGUUACUAUAGUACAACUAUAGCUGUAUUUUAGAUAUUAAUUAUAUGAUUAAGAAAACAAUGUAUAUUAUUUACAGAGACAUAAUAUGAACUAAUUUAAGUGAUCUAAAAUAAUAAAGAAGUAAAUGAAAAGGUAAAGAAA